ACAAUAUGGCUACACUAAGCGCGGUCCUGCUUUUCCUGGUAGUGUUAUCGGCUGCAGGGAGACGACGCCCAUGUGCUGACGAUUGUGACUGCCGCAUGUCAAAGGGACACAGAUGUGUGUACAGACUGGAGAAAAACAAUCUGGUUCACUGCUCCUUGAAGGACAGAUCAGCUGACGGUGGAUGUUUUUGCUUGAGAAGUUGUGUGAUGAUGGACGGGACGAUGAUCAGGAAGAGGAAGACGAUCAGUAGUAACUGUAAUAACUGUACCUGUGUAACACCGACCAAUAACAAAGCCACGUGUGUCAGCAGCCUUGUGGAUUGUCGGUCCAACAUUGUCUAGCAGUUACAGUAUUAGGGGGAAAAUGAAUAAAAACGCAAUUUA